AUGCCUUAUGUCGAUUUAAAUAAAUGCUCUGGAUGUAAAGAGCGAUUUAAAACAGGUCAAGAAUGUCAAGCCCUCAAUUAUCGAGGGAAAACAGUAAUGCAUUCUUUUAUGAUAAACAAAAACAAAGUUUCUCAACAAAACCAACCUAAACCAAAACGAUUAACUGAUAAAGAAAUGCGGGAAUUAUUAACUAAUUUAAAAAAGGAGGCUGACAAAACCCCAGAAGAGAAAGGCAGUUUUAGUUUAGAAGUAAUUUGUAGUGGUAAAGAUAUGGAGAGUAAUGAUUAUGAUUGCGGAAUUUAUCUUCUAAGCUUUGUUGCAUUAAUAAGCGACAAUCCGAAAUUGUUGAAAACAGAAGGAGUUCAUGAAACAGAUUCAAAAAGGCAAAGAAAUUAUUGGCAAAGCAAAGCAAAAAAGUUGUUCAGCAUCGUUGGUAAUAAGGAAUUAGCAUGCAAACAAUGUAAUAUAUAUAAUCAAGAACACAAGAAAACGGCAAAACCUCCAUAUAGGCUUUUACAUGUGCCAACUAUGAAAGUCAUUAUUGGAAUGACUAAUUAUGUAGAAUAUUUUUGUGUGUCUCACGUUUGGGGGAACUUAACAAAUGAUAAAGGUAUUAAGAUGGAAGAUGCUUUUAUACAAGAAAAUAUCGACAAACUAAAAAUAGUUUCGGCAAACUCAGGGGCAAUUAGUGAAGAAUAUUUCGAAAGUCUCAAUGAAAUUUAUGAGUUUAUAAACAGAGAAGAGUGGUUCAGGCAUAUUUGGACAUUCCAAGAAGCAGUAUUAAAUAAAUGCUUGGUUUUUAUAUCAGAAAACGGAACCAUAAAAAUAUGUGGUCACACCAUUGCGGAUGCGACAAGAGCUAGUAAAGAAAUACGAAUGAUCCCAAUACUUAAGGUAUUUAUGGGAAAUUUUUCAGCAUUGUCAAACAAAGAUUCAACAGGAGAUGGUGAAAUACCAGAAGAACUAGAGUAUGUGGCCUCUGGAAGUAAUAAACUACAGUUACAUAAAGUGUUGGGGUUGGUACGCAGAAGAGAAUGUACCAUAGAAGAAGAUAAGAUAUAUGGUGUUCUUGGAUUAAUUAACAUAAAAGAAAUCAAUCCCAUGUAUGGAAUUGGUUAUGAUAAGGCACUAUCUAUGGUAGUUAAAAAUAUAGGCAUUGAUAAAGAAGUUAUAUUAAUUAGUUUAUUACAUCCUAGUGUCGGAUCAUCGGAAGGCAUGCAUUGGUUUCCAAAUACGAAAGACCUACAAGAAUUUGUGCCAGAUAAUUCUGUAAUAGAUAUAAUGGAGAAUAAAAUAGGAGAUGCAAUGAUAUAUGAUUCUGGCAUUCUUUUGCGUGAUCCAGUAAUUACUAACUUUGAAGUUAUUGGACCUCCUAUUUCUAUCGGAAGAGAUAUAUCUACAAAAGACUUUUUGCAUAAACUCGUAGAGUAUAAAAGGAAUUAUGACAGCAUAGUGUUUUCAGGAUUAUUAGUAAGCCUUGGUUUACCAAGACUUGGUAAGAAUCCAAACGAAACUUUUGAAAUUAUUGAAUUAUGGAUAAAAGAUCUAGUAGAAGGAAGAAAAAAUAUUAGAAAAGAAUUAGAUGGAAUAUUAAUUGCAGAAGGAAAAGCAAAAAGGAUUAAUAUUUCACAACAUUCCACACUUUUACUUUUAUAA